GUUUGUGUUGCAAUAUUGAAACAUUAUACGGUGUGAAAGAUGAGUCAAAAGGCGAGUCGGAAGAGUGCGGUCAAUGAAGAAAAAGAAAAGAAUACAGACACACCGGUGAAAGAAAUGAAAAAGAAAAUGGCGGCCAACGCCGAAAAGGAGAAGCAAGCAGCGGAGAAACUGGCCGAGAAACCAUCAGAGAAACACGAUAAGAAAGAGAAGGCUGCUGAAAAACCUGAUAAAUCGGAUAAAUCCGACAAACCUGCCGAAAAACCGGAGAAGUCCACGGAAAAAGUAGAGAAGAGUGCUGAGAAGAACGAUAAAGUGGAUAAAAAAGCGGAGAAAUCAGAUAAGAAGGAGAAACAACCGGAGAAGAAGGCUGACCCUCCAGCGGAGAAGAAGGAAGAGAAGGAACCUAAAGAUGAUAAGGGCAAGCCAGAGAAACCCGAGCCGAAAAAGUCCGACGCGAAGCCGAAACAGAACGGUUCCAGCUUGAACGGCUCCACACACCCGGACGAGAAUGGAACGGUGAGUCCGGACGACGACUCGGACGAGCUGGCGGACGAGAUGUUCCCGGAACUGGCCUACGACGACGCGUCCGACCCGGAGUUUGAGCCGCCGGACGCGACCGGACGCAGCUACACCAGGAGAUCGCAGGCGAAGUCCGCGCGAACGCCUGAGACGCCGCGGCCAGCCUCCGACAAGACGACCGAUGCCGCGGACGAUCAGUCGAAGGUGCUAAAACUGAAAGAGGAUGCGCCCACCGCCUCAGACCGCAAGUUACGAUCGUCUGAUUCUCCAAAACCGCAAGACAAAAAGUCACAGGACAAGGAAAAACCACAAGAAAAGGAAAAAGAACAAGCAAAAAACGCACUAGAAACGCAGAAGGUGCAAGAAACAAAAGACGGCAAGCAAGAGAGCGUCAAAAACCAAGAAGAAAAAGAAAAUGGGGAUAAGACAGAGAAGAUCGAAGUCGAUGUUGUUAUCGAGAUUGAAGGAGAUGAUGAGCCGCGCAAGACCGACACCAACUAUUCCAAGAGUCGCGUCAAGGUGUCGCCCUACCGCCGCAGUUUGAGGGCAGACCACACGGCGACUUCUAUGCUGGCCAACUACACAGGAAACAACACAACAAUGGAGAUGGACAUCACGGAAUCUUCCUUCGUGUCCCACGAGGAAGGUUCCUUAGACGACAGCUCGUAUCUGUCAGGGUUACGAAGCAUCCGCGGCCGCCGCUCCUACAAGCCGCUUAAAGAGAUGACGCUCCGGCACGUCACAGCCAACCGCAGCGCUAACAAGUCCGCGGCCAAUGUGUCUGUAAACGAGCAACCAGCGCGCCCUACCGGCACAGUCGUGGGCCGCAAGCGCAAGCCAGAGGCCGAAGACAGCAUUGAAAUCGCCUCCGAGGCUGGAGAACUGCUUGGUUCUGCGCACAGCAAACGUAUGCGACUGCUGGAGAGACUUACGCACUCCUUCCGUAGGACUACUAGCACGCCGCUACCGGCGAGGCGAGCUGCAGAGAUCGUAGGCAUCAACACAGACUUACCCCUAACGGCGCCCGUAGCGUCUCCCGCUACCUUCGACCCCGAAGCCCUUAAACCGGCGCCCGAAGACCACGCCCCCGGCCCCGCCCCUAUUGCCGUCCCGCUCCCACACGCCGAGCCCGAGCGAGACAACAAGAGGUGCGUCGUCAUGUAAGGUGAGGCUCAAUAAUCAAUAUGGAAAUGAAGUAACGUGUAAUAACAAAUUUUGAUUAUGUCAUUGAUGUCAGUAGAUUUGUGUGACGUGCGGGCCAGACACGUGACCUUGUCACGAGUGUAAUAUUUGAACCCAAUGGUUUUGAAACUUUACUGGAAAUGAACUGCGUCAUUUUAAAUGACAGG